AAAUUUUGAUAAAAAUAUUGGAUUCAGUGUUUCUCACUGUGUACGUGGAAUUAGAACUUUUGUAUUUUCACCUGAUUAUUGAAAUUUUACGAAUUUUCAACAUUCGAAAACAGAAAAUCAUGAUUGGGAAUGUAUUAAAACGCUAGUUGAGACCAAAUUUAACACUUCUAGCCCUCUACUAAACGAGUGGAAAAUAUCGAUCAGCAUCCUUUGUGGAAGUUUUGGAACACUUCCCAGGAUUGCGAGUGAAAAGCUGAUUGCAGCAGCAACAACAACAAAGUGGUCAAAAUUCGCAAACGAAGGUCAUCAAAAUUAACAUUUUCUUCGUAAGUAUCAGCCAGCUGGCUGGAUAUUGCGUGGUUAAGAUGCGUGCCCUCGGAAUAUCGGUCAUCAGCCUUGCGCUGACUGGCCUAGUGAUCGGAAAUGCCUACUACCAGAAGAAGCAAUUCUACCCUUCGGUGGUGUACAUCACCAAAUCGAACCCAAGUAUGGCGGUCAUCUAUAUUCAAUCAUUGGUAUUGGUUCUAAUGUUGGGAAAAUUAAUGAAGAAAGUUUUCCUGGGUACACUACGAGCCGCCGAAUUUGAGCAUCUGAUGGAGCGAUUUUGGUACGCGUUGACCGAAACCUGUCUUGCUUUCACUGUUUUCCGAGAUGACUUCAACCCAAAGUUCGUUGCAUUAUUCACUGUGUUACUGUUCCUGAAGUCGUUCCAUUGGCUUGCUGAAGAUCGUGUUGAUUAUAUGGAACGAAGUCCCGUGAUUGGAUGGAUAUUUCACUUACGAGUGGCCGGAUUGUUGUUGUGUCUCGGUGUCCUGGACUAUCAGCUUAUUUCGUACGCAUACCAGUCCACAAUUGCCAAAGGAGCCACCGUCCAAUUGGUAUUUGGCUUCGAGUAUGCCAUUUUAAUGACUAUGGUACUAAAUACAGCUAUCAAGUACAUGUUCCACGCUGCAGAGUUGCGCUCCGAUACUCCAUGGGAGAACAAAGCAGUAUUCUUACUCUACACAGAACUCAUUAUUGGAUUCAUUCGUGUCGUGUUGUAUGUUAUCUUUGUUAUUUUAAUGGUGAAGAUCUACACGCUUCCCUUAUUUGCAUUCCGACCAAUGUACUAUACAAUGAGAAAUUUCAAAAAAGCUCUCAACGACGUCAUCCUAUCGCGAAGAGCUAUUCGCAACAUGAACACCCUUUACCCCGACGCUACUCCAGAGGAACUGCAACUUUCCGACAACAUCUGCAUCAUUUGUCGCGAAGAUAUGGUUAGCAAUUCGAAGAAACUUCCUUGUGGCCAUAUUUUCCAUACCACAUGCUUGCGAUCGUGGUUCCAGCGGCAGCAAACUUGUCCAACGUGCCGGCUAAACAUUCUGCGCACACCUAUCACGACCGCUGCACCCAAUCCAGUGCAGCCAGCAAACAAUGAAGCACAAUUGCCUAAUGCGAACGAAGGAAACCGAACUGGCACCACAGGCGCCGCAACGGGACCGGUUCAACCGAAUGUACCUACCAUGAAUGCAGCCAACACAACAGCUGUUCCAUUAAUGCCUGGAGCGCCACUAGUACUUCCUCCGAUUCCAUUUAUGGGUAUUCCGCCUUACGCGAUGCCCCUUCCACCAGUACCACCUGCUCUGGAUACCCUGACUGAAGAGGAACUACGAACCAUGGAAGGCAACGAACGUCAUCACGUCGAAGAGCGAAUCAAGCAUCUGCAAAACAUUCGAACUCUGCUCGAUGCAUCAGUGGCACUUAUGAAUCAGUACACCGCGAUGGUGGCUCGUUUACCUCCGGCAACUGCUCCUGUAGAGAGCGCGACAGCUACAAGUCAAACUUCUGAAGCAGCUGUCCCAGUGUCAGAUUUGGACGCCUUGUUGAAUCGACCCGUGACUACUGAAAAUAAUCCAUCAGUCGUUCCAACGGGAGCGGCGACUGCCAAACUGGAAGAUCUCGGCAGCGAUGAUGAUUCCUUGUCAAAAUUCAACAAAGAGCCUCUUCCGAGUACUAGCAAACAGUUUCUUAUCACCCCGGAUCAGCAACAAUCGGUGCCAAGCACCUCUGCUAAUAGCAGUAGCAGCAGUAGAAGCAGUAGCAAUGUCAGGCCGGAAGAGAGUUCCGAAAUGAGUGAAAUCCGUCGUAGGCGGCUAGAAAAGUUCGGUUCCCGGACAAGCUCUGAUUAGAGAACUUGUUGAACAGCAAUCGAUGAGACUGGUUCGAGUAUGCUGAUGUAUUCAACGCAAUUAUAAAACAACUGAACUUGCGUAUUUAGUCAGAUAUCUUCUGUUCUUCACUGCAUUAUGUUCCUAUACGAAAAAAAAAACAAUUGCCUAUUUUAUGUCAAAAUUUCUAAGAGCUUCAAUUCUUAAUUAGUUGAUCCUUAAAUAUUUGCGUUUUAGUUUAUUUCUUACCUGCUACGAAUAGGGGCUCGAUUAGCAUCACUGUGCUGCAUUUGUGCAAGUCGUUAUAGGGAACUGAGCUAUGUACCAUAAACAGUGAAAUUAAUCAUAUAGAUUGUAACGAUAUUUCUAACUGAAUAUGACACAAAAGUAAUGUAGUGAGGAAGCAGCAACAAAAAUAUUGUUUAUUUAAAGUGUACUAGCUAGCGCCGGAGCUCGUUCACUAUUUGUAUAUGUAAAUAUUCCUACAUCUCAAUAAAUGUAUAAAAUAA